GGGCCCGCCCGCAGGCCGGGAGAGUCGGGCGGCGGCAGCAGCGCGCAUCGCGCCUCGUAGAGGACAGCGCGGCGGCAGAGGUUCUCUCCUGGCCCUUUCUGCCUGACGCCUUGCCUGCGGCCCUCAGGUGCAGGAAGCCAGUGGAAACUUCCUAAAGUUGAUGGAACAAGAAAUGGAGGGCUUGCCUGGUGGCGCAGUGGUUGAGAGUCCGCCUGCCAACGCAGAGGAUGCGGGUUCGUGCUCCGGUCCGGGAGGAUCCCACAUGCCGCGGAGCGGCUGGGCCCAUGAGCCAUGGCCGCUGAGCCUGCGCGUCCGAGCCUGUGCUCCGCAACGGGAGAGGCCACAACAGUGAGAGGCCCGCGUACCGCAAAAAAGAAUAUUGAAUUCCUUUGACACCUUAAAACCAUGCAUUAAAAUAAGAUGAAUAAUCUUUCAUUUAGUGAGCUAUGUUGCCUCUUCUGCUGUCCACCUUGUCCAGGGAAAAUUGCUUCAAAAUUAGCAUUUUUGCCACCUGAUCCAACUUACACGCUGAUGUGUGAUGAAAGUGGAAGCCACUGGACGUUACACCUAUCAGAACGAGCAGACUGGCAAUAUUCUUCUAGAGAAAAAGAUGCUAUUGAGUGUUUCAUGACUAGAACUAGUAAAGGCAACAGAAUUGCCUGCAUGUUUGUGCGUUGCUCACCCAAUGCCAAAUACACUUUACUCUUUUCACACGGAAAUGCUGUUGAUCUUGGUCAGAUGAGCAGUUUUUACAUAGGACUGGGAUCACGGAUUAAUUGUAAUAUAUUUUCAUAUGAUUAUUCUGGAUAUGGUGCAAGUUCUGGGAAACCGACAGAGAAGAACCUCUAUGCAGACAUAGAAGCUGCUUGGCUUGCUCUUAGGACAAGAUAUGGCAUUCGCCCUGAAAAUGUGAUUAUAUAUGGCCAAAGUAUAGGGACAGUACCAUCUGUGGAUCUUGCUGCUCGGUAUGAGAGUGCUGCUGUUAUUCUUCAUUCUCCUUUGACCUCAGGAAUGCGAGUCGCUUUUCCUGAUACCAAGAAGACCUACUGUUUUGAUGCAUUCCCAAACAUUGACAAAAUCUCUAAGAUUACCUCUCCAGUAUUAAUAAUUCAUGGGACUGAAGAUGAAGUCAUUGACUUCUCACACGGCCUCGCAUUGUUUGAGCGUUGCCAAAGACCUGUGGAGCCUCUGUGGGUUGAAGGGGCAGGUCACAAUGAUGUGGAACUUUAUGGACAGUAUCUUGAAAGAUUGAAACAGUUUGUGUCACAGGAACUGGUAAAUUUGUAAAAUAUUCUGAAAAUUUGCAUACUGGGUUUUCUUUCUUGCUGAACUGCACUCUUUGGUAAAUAACAUAAAACCUGAAGGUUUUGUUUGCAAAUCAUGUCAGUUGCCUUCAUAAAUGUACAGGUAAUGAUUUGUUAACAGACUUAAUGAAGGUUUUAAUUACCAAACUAGAAACUGGAAAUAACAAUAUCAUGCAGUCAGGCUAUGUAAUUUAUAUUUUUUCUGUGAAUUUUUUUUUUAAACAUCAAGAUGAGUACUGUAUGAAAUUUUAAUUCUGUAAGAUCAAACGCUAUGAAAGUAUUGCCAAAUGCUUUUGCAUAUCAGAAACAAAUUUAUAAAUAUUUUUAAAACAUCUCAAUGUACUAAAUCUUAUCCUGGUAUACAAAUGUAAUAUUCUUUCAAUAAAAAGCUGUAUAUCUUAAACAAUUAAAGUACUCAGAAUAAACCGUAUGAAAACAUGCAAGUUCACUAAAGAUGACCUAAACCCUGUUGUACAGGGAUAGAGAUUUAAAGGUUAUUUUAUUGUAAAAUACAUUGAAUUUUCUGUAUUCCCUGGUUAUCAUACAUUUUCUCCUUUAAAAAAAAGAUGUAAGUCUUAAUUUUUAUGCCAUUUGUUAAUUUACCCACUAGUUACCUUGUAAAUGAUAAAGUCACAAUAGCACUGAAUUUUAACGAGUUUUGAUUUAUAAGUUUGGUACUGUGAGGCAACUACUUAAAAUUUUCAUUUUAGUAAUUUAAAAGGCAUUUAGAGCUUCAAGAAUAAUUUUGUACGCAAUGUUGUUUUAAAUUUUGACUAAUCUCGUAGAAAUGCAAUACUGUCACUGUUAGAAAACCUGAAAGUCCAUUAGAUGUUCUUUAAGACCACAAACAGACUGGCUAUUUGAUCCCUUUUCACUUUGACUAUUUUUAAGAAUAGGACCUGUUGUUUUGGAUUACUAUCUGAGAAUUUCAUGGAUUUACUCCUGGAUGCAGGAGAUAAGAAAACAUCAUAACUUUUAUAUUAACGAAUGUAGUGAAAAAAAUAAAGCUCACACAAAAACUAAGUUGCCUUUCCUUGAAUGAAUCCUGCUUGAAUAAAACAAUGAAAGAAAAAUAAAAAUAAAAUUAAUGGUAUGUAGUCUAAUUUGUAAAUGAAUGAAUAUUGAAAUAAUACACACUGUGGAUAUAUUUUAAGGCCUUAUGUAGUUUUAAUUGUUCUGCUUGUUCUGUGGUUAUGUCUAAGACUAUAGUGUAUGACUCUCUUCAAAGUAUAUCAAGUAUUGUGAAUGCUUUGGUUCAGAUGUGUCAAAUUAACAGUAAAACAAAAAUAUGCCACUCA